AUGGACAAUUAUUUCGGUAAAGCGGCGAAUCGUGCCCCUAUAAUAGUUCCGGAAUUUGUGAAACCAAGAGGAAAGGGCAAAGCCGUGGCGGUGGAAAAGUCUCUAGCACUAGCUCCUAAAGCAAAAGUGAAAAAAGAACGGGCACCCAAAACACCUGUUCCCAAGAAGAGCGCCAAGGCGCACUCUCGAUCGGCAAAGGGAACUGACGAUGAAUCGGAUUUUGCUGUUUCUGGCGAUGCUGAGGAUGCCGAGAGUGAGGCGACGGAUGAUGUUUUUCCCACAGAAGAUGAGGGUGAUAGUGGUGCGGCGAUCGACGAUGAAAUUGACGACAUUGUGGUCGAUAAACCAAAAUCGAAAUCCAAAACCAGGGUCACUGCUACCGGAAAGGUGAAACAUGUAUCCGUUUCUAAACCUUCAGGGUUGAAAAUUAUACCUCGUGAGGGGGAUCUUCCCCCUAUUUCCGAUUUGCAGCAAAUGUUCGACGAUAUCGUUUCACGUCUUCCUGAUUUGAAGAGUCUAUUUGGAAAGAGCGGGGGACGCAAAUUGAGGGUUGCUACUAUGUGUUCUGGAACUGAGAGCCCUUUACUUGCUUUGGGAUUGAUGGGUAGGAGUAUGAGAAGUCAAGGUAUAGGAAAACUCGACAUUGAGCACGUGUUCAGUUGUGAGAUCGAACUGUAUAAGCAAGCUUACAUUGAGAGGAACUUUAAGCCACCUAUCUUGUUUAGGGAUGUUAGAGAACUUGGGGAGGACGUGGCUACUACGGCGUACGGUGCAAAGGUUCCCGUUCCUGGAAACGUUGAUUUGCUUAUUGCCGGUACGUCUUGCGUCGAUUUCUCGAAUUUGAACAAUAAGAAAAAAGGCCUCGAGGAUGUUGGAGAAUCGUCAGAUACUUUCCACGGAAUGAUGAGAUGGGCAAUUCGUCAUCGUCCCACCGUUAUCAUCCAGGAGAACGUACAGGGUGCGGCAUGGACUCAGAUGAGGGCGGAAUACAUUGAAGCUGGAUAUUCUGCCGAGUUUGUAUCCAAUUUUGACUCCAAGAAUUACUACGUCCCCCAAACUCGACAGAGAGGGUACUUGUUCGCGGUAGAUAAGGCGGGUAGCGGCAUCCCCAAUCGAUGGAUUGAUGCUAUGAAAAGCCUUCGCCGCCCCGCAACUUGCACCCUCGAGGCUUUUUUGCUUCCGUCCGACGAUCCUAGAAUCCAUCAGGUUCGGAUGGAUUUGGCAACGAAACGCGAUGGGUCUAAGAAAACAGCGAGAUCUGUUGAAUGGGAGAAAUGCGAGGGUCGUCACCAAAAGGAGAGACUUCAACAAAAACUUGGUCUCAAGAGACCGAUGACCCAAUGGGAGGAAGGCGGAGUCUGUAAGAUGUUGGACUUCGCAUGGCAGGAUUGGGGUGCCAUGCAGGUCGACCGUGUUCUCGAUUUGAUGGAUAUUAAUAUGUUGACCCUGGCGAAGGAAGGAAUUGAUUGUAAUUAUAAGGAGCAAUUUUGGAAUCUGUCCCAAAAUGUCGACCGCAAUACUUUCGGAAAAGCGAACGGCAUUUGUCCCUGCCUUACUCCACAUAUGAUUCCGUACCUUACCGAUCGUGGUGGUCCGAUGAUUGGGCUUGAGGCGCUAGCCAUGCAGGGUCUUCCUAUAAACGAGUUACUUUUGACGAGGGAGUCUACGCAGGAGCUUCAAAAUCUUGCCGGAAAUGCUAUGACCUCAACUGUUGUAGGAACCGCCACCCUGGUUGCCUUGUUGCUUUCCAAGAACGUGUUACGACCUCCAAAUGACGAUGGUAUGGAUGUCGAUGUGGAUGACCUGGACAUCUCGACGAGAAUAGGUGGAGAUGAGCAACUUAAGCAACGGCCUCUGGACUUAUCAACUACCCAAGCUUUCAAGAUUUCCGACCUAUUGAAGUUGGCGUUACGAAGUUCUCGUCUAUGCGUUUGCGAGGGCCGAUCGGACAUGACCUCUAGUUUGCUUUCUCGUUGUGAGGAGUGUGGCUUUUCCAGUUGCGAGAGAUGUGGUGGUAGACCUGAACACGUUUACAAAGCCCUUAGCGUUCACGAUCGGCUUGCACCUUUGGCAUUCGAGGAUAUGUUGAAAGGUGUUCUACCUAUGCGUUUGGUUGUUGCCGGGAUCACUGAGGAAUUUCUUGAGAGCCUGAAGACUGCCAAUCCUACAGCCGCCGGUCAUAUAUCAACUAAGGACUGGAGCAUAUUUAUCAGUCUUAUCCUCGAUGCGACCUCCGGGGAGUUUAGGUUCACAAAUCUGAAACGUCAGCAAAUCUGGAGUGUAUCUUACGAUGCUCCAGCGGCAAAGUUGGAACUCUUACUCGACCCAAGCCAACCAGAGUGGAGGCUGUUCGCUAAGUGCCCCACAUCCGAGGGUGUCAAUAGCCGAAAGCGUGCAAUGUGCAAAGCACCUAUGGCUCGUAUGCGAUUAUCCAACGCCCAAGACAUUAUGGAUUGCGGGGUCGAGGUGUGCUUGCCUACGAGAUAUGAUUUCGAUCUGACAUUGGAGGGGGAAGGCGAUUUGGUCGAGUCUUGGCAAGCUCAACUUGGUCUUCAGGACUCUAAAUUUGCUGAAAAGAAAGUCUGGUCCUAUAUUCGGAUGACUGUUCCUGACGAAGCAAAAGAGUGUCUUGAUCGUGAUCUUUCUGGUCUCUGGAAGCUUCUUCCUGCAUGUGGGACUUCUAACGGCGCUCUUCACAAGCAGGUUGACGGUGACGGUGGCGCACAACUCUUUUUCUUCUUGGAUCCUACAAAGUGCGGUGAGCCUAAGCAUGACCCAUUUGUCUUCUCGGUCAGCCCUAGAAGAUAUGCCUACGGAGAACAGCGCCCCCUUGUUGCGAAAUUAGAUCCUAAGUUUAGAACAUUCGGUGACAAUACACCGCGGGUUGUUAGGUGUCAUGUUGAUGGACAAUGGGUUGUGGCUAAGGGCUCCACCCUUAAGCCGCCAUCCGCUUCUACGCAAACCGUGGGCCGGGCUAUUUACGCUACCCCGGGAAAGAAAGGGUUGGAGAUUAGCGUUACUAAAGCUAGUUGUGCUGCCGCUAAUGCUAUCCUUACUUGUCGGGUUCCGUUGGAAAACCAAGCUGAGGGGGUAUGGCCAAAGGGAGUCUGGAAACAGGUCGACAAGAUUCACGAGAGAAAUACGUUCGAGAGUCUGGCGUGGCUUACUGAACGUGUACGAUCUAUGCGGCAUUUGUCAAAUUGGAAUGCGCUGGAUCUUCCCGAGGACCACACCAGCUGCGAGCGAUGUGCCCCCAAGCCACCAAAUCUUCGUUGGGUAAUGAAGGGGAAUAAGUUUGUUCCUAUGGAGGAUGCCAAACAAGCUGCGCCGUACGAACGUGCGCUAAAAAAUAGACCCUCACCUUUCGUCACACAGUUGAUGCUUGAGGAUGAUAGCACUGGUAUUUUGAGGAUUGGUCUGAAUAUUCCUACGCUCGUUCAUAGAGCAUUGUCAAGACUUCCAUCUGAAGGUAGAGAGGAAAUGCCGAUGCUGAGCUGGCGAUUGACCACCGACUAUAUCCCGGAAACUCAACUUACACUUCCUGCAUUCGAAUUGACAAGUAACAAGAAGGAUCAGCAGCACACCCAACCUCCGAGGUUCAUUACCAAGUUGAGACCAGAGCAGCUUAGAUCGCUAAGUUGGAUGUUGACGCAGGAAGAAGAGGAUGCCAUCCCUUUUGUUGAAGAAGAGAUUUCUGAAGCUCUUUUGCCACACCUUAAUUGGCGAGCGGAGGGGAAAGCGGAGCGGCCUAUCCAGGUCCGUGGAGGCGUCCUUGCUGAUCAGGUCGGAUAUGGUAAAACCGCAAUCACAUUGGGAUUGAUUGAUUGCUCCCGUGAUGAUGUCAAACUCCCUGAAGAUGUUGAUGGUCGUAUACCUGUUAAGGCUACUUUGAUCAUCGUUCCGGCGCAUUUAACCAACCAGUGGCCUGCCGAGAUCAACAAAUUUACCGGUAGCAAUACCUAUAAGGUUAUUAAGAUCCAGAGUCAGGCUCAUCUUAAUGCCUUGACCAUUGCCCAAGUGAUGGAUGCGGAUAUAAUCGUUGUUGCCUCCACACUUUUCAGGAGUGACAAAUAUCUUGGUAACCUGGCUGGAUUUGCCGCCACGAGGCCUGUUCCGUCCUCGGAAGGCAGGCGCUUCAACGCGUGGCAGAAGGUUGCUCUUCGGGACCUCAAGGAGCAAGUGAACAAUCUUCGUGGUGGUGGCGCCGAAUUUGUUCGGCAGAGAAUCGAUGACAACGCGAAGGGCGUCAACGACGAAGAUAGCUCGGCAGAGGAGAUGGUGCGCAACAAACGUCUCAUCGGUAAGGCUUAUGUCGAAGCAGUUGAGAAGCAAGCCCAGGCCGGCGGAAAGCGCAAGAGGCCGAGAGUUGAAGUCUCGGAUGGGGAAUUUAGUUCAUCUGCGAGCGGAUCUGGUCCAUCGAAGAGGAGUAAGAUGGCUCCCGUCGUGGUUGGCGAUCCUUGGGGUCUUCGGACGAAUGCUGUGGCAAGGGAUUGGAAGCGUAUGCACGCACCGCCGUUCGAGAUGUUCCACUUUAAUAGGUUGGUUGUCGAUGAGUAUACCUAUCUUAAGGGACAAAUACAUGCUGGUAUCACUUGCUUGAAAUCUACUUUCCGUUGGGUGUUGUCUGGGACACCGCCAUUGGACGACUUUGCCGAUGUUAAGACUAUUUCUGUGUUUUUGGGUAUUCACUUGGGUAUUGACGAUGAUAUGGUUGGGAAGAUCGAUAAUAGGAAGAAGAUCAAGAAGGACAGGACUAGUGUCGAGGCGUUUACAGCAUUCAGAGAACUGAGAUCGCCGGGAUGGCAUACACGGAGGCACGAGAUUGCCCAGAACUUUCUUAAUCAGUUUGUGCGACAAAAUAUUGCCGAAAUUGAUGAAAUUCCUUUCGAAGAACAUAUCGUCCCAAUUACACUUCCCGCGGCUGAACGUGCUAUUUAUCUAGAGCUUGAACAUCAUCUACAAGCCUUGGAAAUGAACAUCCGGAAAUCGAAGAUCAAGGUCGACAACGACAGAGAUAAGAGGUUGCAAGAAUCUCUUGGGGACAGUGCGUCCGCUGAGGAAGCUCUACUUAAGCGUUGCUCUCAUUUUGUUUUGGAUUUCACUAAGGAGGAUGAGGAAAACGCUGUUCAAGCUUGUGAGGUUAUUGUCAAGGAUCGUAAACGUCAACUCACUAGCUGUCGUGAGGAAAUCCGUCAGCGCCUCGUCGAUUGUCUGAAACGUCACAGGGAGAUUCCGAAGGAUUCCUUCCCCAUAGCAUCUGGUGAUCACUUUGGCACCUUCCUCAAGACCACCCUCGAAAACGGCAUUGGGGAUCCAGAAGCCGGCGGGGACAUCGUCGCGUUGAUCAAUCAAGCCAAGGGUAAUGGAAGGGGUCCUAAACCAUUUUCUGGCAUCCCUAGCGUCGUUGGCGUCGAUUUCCUUAAACCCGUCAAGUCCUCCAAGAAAACUAAAGGCAAAGGAAAAGCCGAUGACGAUGAUGAUGAUGUGGAAGUCUAUAUAGAACCCUGGCCAAAAGCAAUGGAAGACAAAGUCCAGCAACUCCGCGAUCGUACCGCUGUCCUUCGUGCCCUUGUCCGGAAAGAACUUGUCGGACGCCAUCGCUCACUCCGUUACUUCCGCAUUGUCCGCGACCUCCAACAGUUCGGCCUCGCCGAGUUUGCAAAGAAGAACUCCGUCUCGAACGUCUCCUGUCCCGGAUGCAAGCGCAAGAACCUCCCCGUCUCAGAGAUUGCUGUUCUCUCCAGUUGCGGUCACCAAGGCUGCUACACAUGUCUCGAGGCCGCAGCGCAUAAACAAGAGUGCCUUACCCCAGGCUGUGACUCUGCCGCUCGCGUGCUCAACGUCGUUAAGGGCGAGAGUCUAGGAACUGAAGAUGCGAAGGAGGGAAUUGGCAGACAUUAUGGAAUGAAGUUGGAGAAGAUGAUGCACUUAAUACAAAAGCUCAUUCCGGUGGACGAGAAGAUUCUCGUGUUCGUCCAAUUCACAGACCUGAUGGAGAAAGUGGCCCAAGUGCUGAAGGAGUACAAAAUCGGCUUCUUGCAAAUCAAGGGCUCCGCGGCAGCGCAGAGUAAAGCACUCCAGCAAUUCCAGGAAUCGGCCGAGAAGGAUAAUAUUAAAGUCCUACUACUGAACGUCAUGGACGAGAGUGCCUCCGGAGCCAAUCUCACAAACGCUAAUCACGCCAUCUUCCUCUCCCCGCUCCUCACCACGACCGAUUACGAGUAUAGGUCCUGCGAAACGCAGGCUAUUGGACGUGUGCGUCGCUACGGACAGACUAAGAAGGUGCACGUGUGGAGAUUCUUAACGGAGAAUUCCAUCGAUGUGGAGAUUUUCCAGGAUAGGGGUGGUGCUAAGUUUGCCGAUGUGGAGAAGUUUGUCAUGUAA